AUGCUGAAGAAAAGUCUCGAAGCAGCUCUCCGUCCAACUCUGCUCGCAAUGACUGGCAAAGGAUGCGCUCCAAAAGAGGGAAAGAAACCCGAUUUUAGCCACUUUCUUUCGUACAUUGACCAAAAUGCGCUUGAAAUCGAUGUAAAAGAGAGGAAAAUCUACAAGGGACAUCAAGAAAUCUCCGAGUUGUUUAAAGAGUGGAUAAGCUGUGGAUCGAAUUGGCAAUGCAAGGUUUCAAACGAAUCUUUUACGGGAGGUGAGGAAUUGAUUCGUUACGCUUACGAAAUGACACUUCAUGAGGGAAACGAUACAAAAAUGGUUAUUGACAAGACUCAGUACUGGAAGAAAGAUGGCGAUAAGUAUUUGAUGGAGCUCGACUACUACACGACCAAGAUCUCAAAUAUU